UUUGGAAUUAUUUUUUUUUUAAAGAACUGUCACGAUUUUCACUAAUUAUCAAUCAUUUUUCGCUCUCGCCAACUAAAAAUCAAUCAAAAUUGUCAGUCUAGUGUCAGAGAAGCGCCAAAUGGAUAAAUUUCACGUGCAAAACUACAUCGACAUGGUCGGGAAGGAGAGCGGCAUCAGCGCCAACGAUUACGCAUACAACGAGUCCGUCAGGAGGACCAGGAAGAACUACACCACCAAGAUCCACGUCCUGGAGAGGCCGUCCAAGGGCAUCGACCUGCACCUGGAGCGUCCAUCUUCGCAGGUGCUGAAGGCCGUCAAUCGCAAGCGGUCCAGGAUCCUGACGAUACCCAGGCCUGAGGAGAAAACGGAAGUUCUGGACGCCUUGAUCACCUCCAUGGAGGUCGAGAGGAGGUCUUCGCACACGGACCUGAGCAAGCUGCUGAAGAAUUCGCGCAAACCUCAUCCGGCGCUGACAGCUAGCGACUUGAGGGACAUCCAGAGAAAUGACAGCAACCACGACGAGGUGAUGUCCACCCACAUAAAGAAAAUGAAAGAGGGCAUAGAACGACUUCAGGAGAUAACGCAGAGGUUCAACUGCACCGAAAGCUACAAAGAGGACGUCGAAUACCUGGUGAAAAACGUGAAAAAGGCGAUCAGCAAGUCGGAAACUAGAAGCCAGAGGAAAGACUGAAACAAAAAAAAUCGUUUUGUAUCGAACAGUGAGAGUGGUUCAAAUAAAACACAUGUGGUUGUGGGUAA